AUGACGGCCAAGCCACAGGGGAUUUCAGUCGCAUCAACCAUCAAAUGCUUCGACCAGACCCAUUACAAAUUCAAGACAGGAAAGGUCCCCCUCCCCCGUGUUGUGAUACCGCUGGGCGCGAGCUUCGAACUGUACGAUCACGACUCUGAACUAUGGGUCAAGGACCUCGGCGGAAUUUUGACAUUCCAGCACAUAUGUGGUGUUCAUGUCCCUCGCGGUCUUCAGUCCACAGUCAUGCCGGAAAUCCAGCACCCUCUACCUGAUAUUGACGGACCCUCGUCCUACGAAAUUCGAGCGAACCAGAGCCAUUGUCCGUCGAAUAUGUCCGUUCACAAAUUCUGCGCAUUCCAGAAAUUAUUUGCCGGCAAGGAGCGACGUUGGCCCAAUAUAUUAGUAGAAAUGGGCUCGUCAAACCUCAACUCCAGCAGCGAGGAUACAAUGCGCAUGCUAUGCGAACUCGCCGUCCAGGCUUGCCCACGGUCGUCAGAUUAUAAGUUCCGCAUUGUUCAUGCUGUUUUCGAGAAGCCAGCUAUCGUAAAGCGUUUGGUUGAACUCAUCAAAACACGCCUGUGUGCCAUAUCCAGCAACUGGCGAGAGCACAACUGUAUGGAGCUACUCCUUACGCUGAGCUUGAGACUGUUCACUCUGUCUAGCUUCUCGAAGAAAGAAGCCGGCUACCUGAUCAGAGAUGCAAGAGAUGCGACCUUGAACUGGAUAGCCCGCCUUCGAGAAGAGGCGAGGAUUGCCGUCGAUGGCGACGCAGCACAUCGUACUGCCAUGUACGGCUUGUACGCCGCUCUGUUAUGUCGGCGGACGUUCAGCACCUACAAGUAUCCCUACGUCAUGGAGGCGGAAGAGCUCACUGCCUGGGUCCAGGCUUCUGUGGCGUUGCAGGAGAACCUAGUAACACAGAUCAACACUCUACCUUUAACGUUGAGAAGGUUCUUCAUUCGUGACGCCAAGAUGGCAUUUCACAUCCAGGACAUCCUUCGAGAUGCCGUCGAAACCCAUACCGCCUGUGUUGGUGAUGGAAUCGUCAGCGCCUGGUCGGAUGCUGCAGACGGUGUCACUACACGCUUCUCGAAAUGGACCUUUCUCACCAAACCCCACAAUCGCUGGGUCUAUGCUACAGUAUCUGACACGAACCAGGCUGGCUUGAUAUUCCGUCAAAGGGUGCACUUCAACCUCAUUGAAGGUCAUCUUCUGGUCAAUGGCAAGCUGCCGCUCGAAAUCCGCGAGAACCCUAUCGUGAAGGGCAUGUUUGGUAACCAGCACCUAUUGACCUAUCCAUCAUCCCUAGAGGGCAUGACACAUCGACUCGCCGAUCAUAAGGGCGGACAUCAGGUGCAUUUUGGCGUGCAGGAGGGCCAAGUCGUCAUUCGUGCGCUGUCGAGCGAUGGUCUGCUCGAGUACGUGCCCAAGUCCGUCUUCAAAAGCCUACAUAGCUUUGAUUUGCCAUCAGAACUAGUGGACAGUUGCUUCCACUGGCUCAAUACGACAACAAAAUAUCUCGAAAUCCGUCAAAUCUCGUCCACCUGGAAGACAAAGGAGAGUGACUGGGUCAUGGACGUCCCGAGACGCAGGGCCAAACGUCGCAGAGUCACCCUAGUGGAUCCCCAGUCAAGCGUAUUCACCCAGAUAGCAGCGAUAUUCCACGCCUUUGAACAGCCGGAGAAGCUCACAGUCUACCAGCCGGAUGAAGGAUGUAUGUGGGUUGAGUUACGUCAGAUGGACUUGUCCUUCGUGAAAGCCAGCGGCUUGCUCGAGUGCCGUCAGCUCAAGGCGGUAAUUGACCCGAACCAGGAUCCCGGGACGUGGCAUGGCCUUGCGAGCAAUUUGUGCUACAAGAUGUAG